AUCCGAUCCAGGUUGUUGGAUUCCCUGGAUCCACUGUCGGUGCUUUUAGGUUCUUUAAGCACCGGACACAAGCCUCUGAGUUUCUCGUUGGAUCUUCUCAGUGGGUCGCGACUCCAACCCGGUGGUAGAUUCUGCGAAGCACUGCUCUUGCUAAGUACUGAAAAGGAGCAAGAAAGUAAUUCAGUUAAUGACUGGUAUAAGAGAGAAUACACCAAUCAAGUUGGGGAACCUCCGAAACACGAUGCGGAGGAGCGCUUAGAGAAGGCUAUUAUUGGAUUAAAAUGGCAGUCUAAGUGCAUUGCUUUUGAUCGACUGUUUUAUGCUCCACCGAUCCAGCGCGAACUAAUGCUAGAGCAAGUAAAUUGGGAUGACACUCCCCUAGCUCUAGCCUGCACGUGUCCAGCAACGAUAUGCACAUGCUCGUGUAGGAAAAACUAUUUGUUGCCAGCUCAAAAAAUACCUAGACGACUGUGUCCGUAUUGGUUCGGUGUUAAGCGAUUUUUAUGGUUGUUCCAUUGUGCGAAGUAUCCAAAACCGGCUGGUACGCUAAUUCCGAAACUAGUUGCUGUUGUCAACAAAGAAUCUGCGUUUUACAGAAGUCCUAAAGGACGUAUCAUACUAACACAGAAAGGUCCAGAGUUUUGCAUGUCCGGUUGUUUACAAUAUUUAGUAUCGAGUUCGCAAGCGAAUGCAUUAUUGGCUGCUGAAAUCGCGAAAAUUCAAGAGAUCGACGUUGAAGGACUUCAGGAGAGCGGUGGUACGAAGUUUGACGUACCAGAUGAGAUGGACACCGAAGGAUAUUGUGAUGGGUUCACGUGUACUGUUUCAACGCAAACUGACAACGAUGAAGAAUCCGACGAAUUAUUAAUGGGAGAUUACACUCACGUCCUGUACGCGUCAGUGGAGAAUACCUUCAUGAGUGACAUGGACGGGAAGAAACUGCAGAUAUCAUUUUACAAUGAAGAGCCUCCAGAUCCUUGUGCUUUUAGUCUUAGCAGAGUUUUCCAUGUCGAUGAAAUGAAACAACACCUUCACAAAAUGAAAGAAUUGUAUUCGUCAAUCUCCGUGAUGAUAGAUAAAUACAGCGCAAAGCACACGUCUAAAGUCGACUUAGAAGGGAGCGAAUGCUGUCAUGACUAUACAUCGUGUAGCCGUAAAAGAUCCGGUCAACGAAUAGAAAAAACCAACAAAAAACCUAAUGAAGACCUUGAAGUAACAACGUGGCAGAAACUACAAAAAGCCAAAAGCUCAAUCAGGAAGUAUUUAAAAUAUAUAGAUUUGUCAGACGCUUGUGAUAAACAAAGCUCUAAAACUGAAAAUAGAAGAUGCAUUCCUAAGCCGGAUAUGUCAAGAAAAACGGAUGAUACUAACAAUGAAAUAAAAAUGAUGUCUCCAACGACGAAUUCCAAAGAAUCUGUAGAAUUACUUAAUGAUGACAUUAUAAAUACUCCUGAAGCAUCUGAUUUCGAAUCAGGAAAGAUAAAAUCUAGAAGAUUUUCCGUUAAAAAAUCGUCAGACAAAUUGAAAUACAAAGUGUCGUUCAAGGAUGAACAGUCUAAUCAUGAAAUUGAUUGUAGUCCUUGUAAAAAUUAGAAAACAUUUUAUAAAACCAAUUUGGAUCCAAUAGAUCAAAACGAUAAUAAUAUUUCAGUUAGUGACAAUGAAUCAUACUAGUCUGCGUCAAGAAAUUUUUAUUUUAUUUAAAUGUAGCAAAUGUAAAAUUGAAGAUUUAAAUAUUUUAAAUAAAUGUUUGUGUUGUGUA